AUGGGAUUUGGAGACUUCGUUCAAAUUUGCUCUCGAACUCCACUUCCAUUGUGUUCUGUGGUGAAAUCCAAAAAACAUCUUCUCUUGUCGACCGGUGAAAAGAUAAAUGAUUUUGAUCCAGGGAGCCUGACUGUCGGGAUUUUACCACAGUGCUAUGCCAGAUCGAUAGAGGUUGCUAACACGGUUGUAUUUCAAAUUGGAAAUGCAUUUGUAAAUAUUGGGGCAUUGGGUGUCAUUCUCUUCAUGAUUUACUCGAUCAGGCGAAAAUACACGGCGAUAGGACGUAGUGAAUACGCGUUUUUCUUCGAACUGUGUCUCGUUUUGAUUGUGUUUACGUUGGUUGUCGACUGCGGUGUUUCGCCGCCAGGAUCCGGCUCAUACCCUUUUUUCGUCGCGGUCCAAAUAGCGCUCGCUAGCGCCUGCAGCUGGGUUCUCGCAGUAAUUGGGUUUCUCGGGUUUCGUCUAUGGGAAGAUGGCACGCAUCGGUCAAUGCUCCUCGUGAGAGGCACUGCCUUCGUCGGAUUUGCCGUCAGCUUUCUCGUGGCCCUGUUCACAUUCAACAGUUGGUCGCAUUCGUCACAAUACAACACCACAAACGCCGUGGGACUUUUCGUGGUCAUGUACGUUCUGAACGCUUUGGCCGUGCUACUGUUUAUCAUUUGCCAGCUCUUUGUGUCGCUUUUCAUUAUUGGUAAUGCGUGGGCUGCAGGUUCCACGUUGCUAGGGGUUUUUUUCCUAGCCGCUGGCCAGGUAAUCACAUAUGGAUUUUCUAAUGCCAUUUGUAAAAGCGUCAAGCAUUACUUGGAUGGGCUUUUUUUCGGUAGCAUUUGCAAUAUCUUUGCGCUAAUGAUGGUCUACAAGACAUGGGACAUGACCACUGACGAUGAUCUCGAAUUUAGCGUCAGUGUGAACAAUGAAAAGGACAUUUUGUAUAGUAACGAGAGCUUUUAG